AUGGCAUCCGAGAGAAUUCUCAAUCCGCUUAAGUGUUGGUUCUCAAAGAUAAAUCUCAAGCUUAGUCUUAAUGGCCGAAGAUCAUCAAGAUCAUCACUCACACCAUGCUCUCCAAUAUCAUCAUGUUCUACCGUGAAAAGAAAUAGUAAAGAGGACGAGUUCAAGGAGGUUUUUCGUCGCUUUGAUAGUGACGGAGAUGGGAAAAUCUCUGCCUUUGAACUGCGAUCAUUUUUUGGUUCCAUUGGAGAGUAUUUGUCACACGAGGAGGCUCAAGGGUUUAUCCUAGACCUCGAUUCCGAUGGGGACAAUUUGUUGAAUUUUCAAGAUUUCACGAAGUUGAUGAAUAGUGAAGAUCAUAGGGAUGGUGAAGAGGAUCUAAGGAAGGCUUUUGAGAUGUUUGUGUGGGAAAAGGGGAGUGAUUGUAUUACCCCAAAAGGGUUGCAACGAAUGUUUCACCGCCUUGGGGAUGAAAAGUCCUAUGACGAGUGCGUGGCUAUGAUUGAUGCCUUUGACAUAGAUCGUAACGGUGUGCUUGAUUUCAACGAGUUUCACCAAAUGAUGGCCUAGCGUAUUCAUCUAUAUCUACGUCAUGUAAAUGGCUAAAUAAUGUGGAAUGCAAACGAUAAACCAAACUAACAUGA